AUGGAAAUAAAAUGUUUGACAGUGAAAUCACCACUAGAGAUGUGGAAAACUGUUUUCUGCAAUAAAUUCCCUCAAAAACUUGAGACAACAUCAUUACGUCAUACGAAACAAGAGACAACUGGUAUCUUCAAUCCAAGUAAAGAUCCUCAAUAUGCUGAAUCAUUCAUUGAUACAGCUCGAAAGGCAAAAGACAAUGAACUGGAAGAGAAAAGACGUCAAGCUGAACGAAAAAUGUAUAAUUUACUACAACAAGUCACCUCAGAAGGAUUACUUAUUGCUUAG